AUGAUGCACGAUGCGAAUCCGCAGGCGGAGUUGAAAGCCGGUGCCGUGUGGACUGGAAUGGACGCUGCUUUUUACGCCUCCGGCUACACCGUUGGCGGCAAGCGUCCCCUCGUCAUUGUCGAACCCGACAGCAGCGCCAACCUGUCCGACGUCGCCGCGGUGAUUGCACAGGGGCUGGCGGACCACCCUACGCUGUUGGGCGUUCUGGGGCCCUUCGCAGACAUCUCAAUGAUGGCGGCGCUGAACAGCGACGUUGUGAAGGAGAACCAUUUGGUGUUACUGGCUCCCUUCACGGGGUCGUCGACCGUGCGUGUGUGGAACCCCCACGCGUACUUCAUCCGUGCUGAGCCGUUCGCCGAGCUGAAGGUGAUCAUGUCGUACGUCUUCAACACCCUCCGUGCGAAGCGCAUCGCGUUCAUGUACCUGAAGAAGGCGUACUACGGUGAUGCUGAGUAUCACGAGGUGCAGGGGAUGCUGAGCCGCCUUGAGCGUGACCCGGCCGUCGUCUACUCCGUGAAGUACUCUGCGACGGACUCCGCCGUGGACCGCGCCGCUUUUGACGCCAUGGCGGACACACAUCCGCAGGUGGUGAUUGUGUGGGGCAUUCCUGACCAACAAACGUUUGAGUUUGCGCGAGCGCUCAUGCUGGACCCGCGUACGUCGUCGGCAGCCAUCAUGGGCUGCUUUGACUUGCAGCCGACGCUUUACGAAGCCUACGCCAACGUGACUGCGGGGGAGGGAUCCAGCAAGCACGACUACCAGAUCUUUACCAGCGCCACCUCGCGCACACCGACGGACGACAACACCAAUGUCACCCACAUGGCUCUCUUCUACAAGGAGAUAAUCAACUACAUCGUGCACUCUGGCCGGAGCACCUACAGCCUGCUGGACGGUUCGAGCUCCUCGGACGCACUGAGCAGCUCCGCGGAUCUGCUGCGCGCGGCCAAAGCCUUCUUUAUUCGCAACUCCGUUACGGCCCAGCAAAUGGUGGUAGGGUGGCUGGCCGGCAAGGUGAUCCAGCGCACGCUUGAACGGGUCGACUGGAUUGCGGACCGUGCCACCUACCAGACCGGGCUGUUUGACCAGAACCGCUUCAUCAUCGGAGGCGACGCCGUCUUCGGCGACUACGGCGGUACCUGCGACGCCUUUGCAGCUAAGAUGGGUGCGAUGUGCAACUGCAACCAGGGCGGCCACGCCGCUGUCCUCGCGCGUUUCGUCAACGAGUCUGUCUGGACA